AAGUUUUAAAUGGCUUCCGAACUGUUACGAACUUCUUCAAUAGUAAAACUCUAAAAGACGAUUCUCUUGUCUUAAUAUUCUGUUCAGAUAAUUUAAAUUCUGUAGUCGACAGAGAUUUAUUAAAAAGCGAAAACCUAAAGCGCAACAAACAAAAUAGCAAACAGAAAAAUGAAUCAAGCAAAUGUUGAAAAGUUGGUUUCUAAGUUAAACUAUAAAGUUAGGCAAGAUCCACGUAAAUUAAAAACUGUACUUGGUCCAGAAGGUAGAAUUAAGAAACUUCAGAAAUCAUUAACCGCUAUAAUUAAGUAUGAAAGGCUCGAGAUGAAUUAUGAAAGAGCCGAUGAAACGAGAGGUUAUGUUGAACGGCUGAUAUCAGAAGCAAUACGUCAUGGACCUGAGAACAAAGAAAUAAUGGAUCUUGCAGAUUUUUGGAUUUUGGAAAAGCAACUUGUUCAUAAACUUUUUAAAGUACUAGUACCAAGAUAUCAAAAUCAUACAUCCCCGUUCACAAAGCUUCACAAUGCACCAUGUAUAUAUCCAGGAAGUGGUUUCAAAAGAGCUGUAUUAGAGCUAAAAGGAAAUGUAUAUCCUCCCAUAGAGCAGAUUGAUCCACAUCAGCCAAAUUUACUUCAUAAUUUAUUACUUGAUGCAGCUAGAAAAGAAUACAGAAUGGAAAAAUACAAAGAGAUAGCUGAAAAUAUGAAAUUUUAAAUUAUAUGUAAAUACUUUAUUACCAAACAGUAGAAAAAAAUACACAAUAUUAGUGUGGAACGGUAAAUACAAUUGGUCUAAUCAUUAUUGUUAUUUGGUAUUAUUGAGUUGAUUUAAAAAGACUUAAUGGAUAAUGUUCAGAAAAUUCUGCAACAUGAUUUUCCAUGGAACACAUUUGUUUUCUAAAAUUGAAAACACAUAUCAAUAAUUAAGGCACAUUAAGGAUAAUAAAGAAAAUAUCAAAUAA